AUGCUGAGGAGGCUGAGCAGAAGGUUAUGGUUCUACCGCAGCGCUUUUGUGAUUUUACUGACACCAUUACUGCUGCUUCCUCUUCCUCUGGUUAUUGGGACAAAGGAAGCAGAAUGUGCCUUUGUGUUGCUUCUGAUGGCGACGUACUGGGUGACAGAAGUGAUUCCUCUGUCCAUGACCGCCAUGCUUCCCGCCGCCCUCUUCCCCUUGUUUGGCAUCAUGAAGUCUUCAGAUGUGGCUAGGGAGUAUUUCAAAGACUUUCACCUCUUGCUGGUGGGCGUCACCUGCCUCGCUACGUCCAUCGAGAAGUGGGGUCUCCACCGCAGGAUCGCCUUGAGGCUUGUCACAAUGGUGGGAGUCAACCCUGCAUGGCUGAUGUUGGGCUUCAUGUCCGGCUGUGCAUUCCUCUCCAUGUGGGUCCAGAACACUUCAGCUGUUACGAUGGUGAUGCCUAUUGUUGAGGCUGUUUUACAGCAGAUCCUGAAGGCCAACGAAGGAGGAAGUACUGGUGAAGACAACCCCAACCUGCAGCUUGAUGAAAAUGAUGGUCAUGUAGAAAAGACGGCAGAGGUUUCAAGUGACCAGAAACAUCCAGAUGCUCCUGAAGAGACCACAGUUCAGAUUCAGACACUUCCUCAGGUGCAGGUUGCAGUGAGUCCACCUGCAGCUCCCGGCAGGAGUAGACGUGACCUGAUGAUUUGUAAAGCCAUGUGCAUCAGCGUGGCCUACUCCUCCAACAUCGGCGGCAUCAGCACGCUGCCCGGCACUUCGCCCAACCUCAUCUUCUCUGAAUACCUCAAACAGAUUUACCCAAACUGUGACUGUGUAAACUUCGGAAACUGGCUCCUGUUGUGUCUUCCCAUCAGUGUGAUCAUGCUGCUGCUCACAUGGAUGUGGCUGUGCUGGCUCUUCAUCGGUUCAGACUUCAGGAUCCUGUGGAGACGUGGAAGAAAGAGAAGUGAGAGAGACAGAGCAGCCCGGAGAGUGAUAGAAGACGAGUACAGGUCACUGGGACCAAUGAGUCCUCAGGAGAUCUUCACUGGUCUAGUGUUCCUGCUGAUGGUUUUGUUGUGGUUGACCAGAGCUCCUGGUUUCAUACCGGGCUGGGCUUCUCUCUUCCCACAUCACUCAGGCUACAUCACUGAUGCUACUGUUGCUCUGCUGCUGGGUCUCCUCUUCUUCAUUGUACCUGCCAACGGACCCUCGAAGAAAUACGAGACGAUGAUUUCUUGGAAAGAGUUCCAGCUCUCGAUGCCCUGGAAAGUCGCCCUGCUGGUCGGUGGCGGUUUUGCUCUCGCUGAAGGCACAGAGGUGUCAGGCCUGUCUCUGUGGGUUGCAGAGCUGCUAACACCUCUGGGUGACCUGCCGGUCUUGGCCACCAUCACAGUCGCAUGCAUCAUCGUUACAACGGUGACAGAGGUUGCCAGUAAUGCCGCCACCAUCACCAUCUUCCUCCCCAUCCUCUCUCCUCUGGCUGAAGCCAUCCAGGUGAACCCUCUGUAUGUCCUGAUCCCCACCACCCUCUGCACAUCCUUCUCCUUCCUGCUGCCGGUGUCCAACCCACCCAACGCCGUCGUGUUCGCCUAUGGACACAUCGACAUCCUGGACAUGGUGAAGGCGGGGCUUGGUGUCAAUGUGAUCGGCGUCCUUGCCACCCUGCUGGCUGUAUCAACGUGGGGAGUUCAGUUGUUCUCUCUGGAGACGUAUCCCGAAUGGGCGCCGGUCCUUCCAGAGUUCAACUCCACAAAACCGUGA